GAAGGUCGUUCGCGCUAGUAAAGGCCAUACAUGUUCACCAUCAACAGCUAUCCGACCGAAGCUCGUAUCAAUCCCAUUCCUACCGGCCAUCAUGUCGACCCAAGACCUCCAGUGGCUCCUGCUCAGGCAGCAGAACUCCUUCCUCGUCAAGCAGCACGGCCUGCCCCGCGUAUUCUCGCGCGAGCCUGGUAACAUUGCUGCGAUUCACUCGUACAAGUACUCGGGUCUGAUCAACGACAAGGCUGUCGGCGUCGAGGCUGCCCCUUCCGGCCGCGGCAUCGUUCUCACUACCAAGAAGAGCAAGAUUGCCUCGAACGCUGUCAAGGGUACCCGCAACGUUAACAUCAUCGUCGGUGGCUCGCGCCGUGCCGCCGGCAAGGUCUCUAACGUUGUCGGCAAGCGCGGCUACAGGUCCGACCUUGUCAAGGACACUGUCGCUCGCGCUUCCGCCAUCCUUCGCUCGCAACGACCUGGUAGCCGCAAGCAGCCUCGCGCCAGGACGGUCCGGGGCGGCAAGAAGCCUGUUGUCGUCUCAACGGACGCGUAGAAUGCUCAUUCUUGACCAGGCGCGCGCUCCCCC